AUGCUUGCACGCCUCGCUACCACUCGAGCCAUCACAUCUGCCGCAAGUAGCGCCAGAGCCAUCCAAGAAAGAACCAUCACUGCAGCGAUUACAUCAGUCAACAGCAACUCAUUCUUCCACUCAUCACCACCCAAGAUGGGAUUGACUCCUGAACAAGAGGCCAUCGUAAAGUCAACAGCCCCCGUCCUCGCACAGCAUGGCGCCGCCAUCACAACCCAUUUCUACAAACGAAUGCUCACCAACAACCCGGAACUCCGAAAUAUCUUCAAUGCCGCCCACCAGAAUACCGGAACACAACCCGCCGCCCUCGCCCACGCCGUGUGGGCAUAUGCCGAAAACAUCGACAACCUCGGUGCAUUGACGACGGCUGUCUCUCGCAUCGGACACAAACACGCCAGUCUAGGCAUUACUCCAGACCACUAUCCCAUUGUUGGCGAGAACCUCUUGGCAUCCCUCAAGGAGGUCCUGGGUGAUGCCAUCACAGAUCCCAUUGUCGACGCCUGGGCCGCCGCCUACCAACAGCUCGCCGACAUCUUCAUCAACUUCGAGCGUGAUCUGUACCAGAAGGCCAAGCAGACCCCUGGAGGCUGGAACGGCUGGCGCAAAUUCCGCGUCGCGAAGAAAGUCCCCGAAAGUGAUGAGAUCGUCUCGUUCUAUCUCGAGCCUCUCGACGCUGGGGACCUCCCGCCCUUUGUGUCCGGGCAGUACAUCUCGGUCAGAGUGUGGGUGCCCGAAUUGGAAGUCUAUCAGCCUCGCCAGUACAGCCUGUCUGACGUCCCUGACGGGAAACACUUCCGGAUCUCGGUGAAGCGAGAGGAUGGCGUGGGUGCCCAGCAGCCCGCGGGACGCAUAUCCAAUGUCCUGCACCAGGACACGCCCGAAGGCGCCGAGAUCGACGUCAGCAACCCGUACGGCGACUUCACACUGGACACAGAAACCGACGUGCCGGCCGUGCUCAUCAGCGGCGGCGUCGGCCUGACGCCCAUGAUCUCGAUGCUCGGCACGCUGGUCGAGAGCGCCAAGACGCGCCAGGUCGUCUUCGUCCACGGCGCGCGCAGCGGCAAAGUCCACGCCAUGAAGAAGUAUCUCUCGCACAUCAUCAAGGAGAACCCGCAGGUGUCCAAGGCCGUGUUUUACGAGUCCGUCAGUCAAGACACGGACCAACAGGGUGUCGACUAUGACUAUGAAGGCCGCAUCGACCUGCCCGCCAUCAAGGACCAGGUGUUGCUGCCCGACGCAAACUAUUACCUGUGUGGCCCCAUUCCGUUCAUGCAGGCCCAUCAGAAGACGCUCGAGGGCCUCGGUGUGCCGUCCGAGAGGAUCCAUUCUGAGGUGUUUGGGUCGGGGAUCGCGUAG